AUGGAUCGCUACCCGCAAGUCCGAGAGUUAAGUACACAAAGAGCCGGUUCUAUUCUCCGGUUUGCACCAUCUCCGACAGGCUCACUGCACCUUGGUGGCCUCAGGACAGCUCUGUACAACCACCUAUUCGCGAAGAAAUACGGAGGGAAAUGGAUCCUUCGCAUUGAGGACACCGACGCUUAUCGCUUUGUUCAUGGUGCGGUUGACAACAUUCGGAAGUCGCUAGAAUGGGCUGGGCUAGAGUAUGACUAUGGUCCUGGGGUUGGCGGUCCGCAUGCUACGUAUUUCCAGUCAGAGCGUCUCGACCUCUACCAUUAUCAUGCGAACAAACUCGUUGAGAGCGGCCACGCCUAUCACUGCUUCUGCUCUCCUGCACACUUGGGCAAUGUGAAAGAAACUUUGGCAAGACGGGGAUCAAAUGCGACCUACGACAAGACGUGCUUACACCUUUCGGAGGAGGAAGUCACCCGUAGGAAGCGGGCCGGAGGGAAAUUCGUGAUACGAUUGAAUGAUGAGACGCCUCCGACUCGUUUGCCGCCUGUGGAUAUUAUUUUCGGCUCUCUCAGAGAUGCUCAUAACUCCCUGCCCACGGACCCAAUCCUGUAUAAGUCUGACGGAUUUCCGACUUACCACCUUGCAUCCGUUGUUGAUGACCACGAAAUGGGCGUCACACAUGUUCUCCGAGGAGAGGAAUGGCUCCCUUCCCUCCCGCUGCAUCUCGAUCUCUACGCUUGUCUAGGAUUUACUCCUCCAGAAUUUGCACAUCUUCCUCUUCUGCUGAAUCCCGAUGGCUCAAAGAUGUCGAAACGGAAAGGAGAUGUUAGUGUGUUAGAUUAUAUGGAACAAGGAUGGAUGGCACCCGCUGUUCUGAACUGGCUUGCACUAGCUGGUUGGGGUAUUGACCAUGGAGAGCAUGCGAGCGAUCAUUCCAGAAAAGCAGCUCCAGCCAGUACAGAACUAUUUACCAUGCAUGACUUGAUAGAAAGGUUUGACCUCUCUGUAUUGACACCUCGACGGAGCAUCCUGGACCCUCAUAAACUCCAAUUAUUGAAUGCUAAACACAUCCAACGUGCCAUUGAGAAUAAAGCGGAAGUCGAUGGAUUAGCAGACAGAGCGCGAAGCCUUGUUGCGAAGAGAUUCCGAGCUCCAGAGCAGAAACGAAUCAUCGAGCAGCUGGAUUUCAAAAACAUUCUGAAAUUAGCCAAGAACCGCUUGAGGACGUUAAACGAUUUGCCACAGCUCUUAGAGUUUCUUUUCUAUUACAGAGGGCCAUCGUCUACAAAGGACGCGGAGUUUGACAAUGCAUUAGACGUCAAUCGCUACGGCGCGGUAUUGAAUAAGUACAUCGAUGCCAUUGAAGAAACGCAAUCCGCUCAAGUUCCUUGGGAUGAGGCGGCAAUUCGAAAGAUCGAAGAUAUGCGAGACCAACGUGAUGAGCUCGUCCUGUUGCGCCGAGCAUUGACGGGACGAAAGUCGGGUCUCCCUUUGAUUACUGUCAUGUUUUUACUCGGCAGGGAUGAAACAUUACGCAGAUUAUCAAAUGCGCUUCAGUGGACUGAAGCGGAGAAAACUUUGAGGGAGGCACAGACGAAUUAACGCAUCCCAUUAUCAGUAUCUAUCUAUAAUGAGACAAUUAUUUUGAUAAUGGCGCACUUGCUCUACUGGAAGAAAUAUAUGAAAAAUGCGUAGCUUGUUGAU